AGAGGGGGCGCGAGCAAUAGGGGAGGGUGAUUCUCGAACAUCUUCUGCUAGUAGUUCUCAUGUCAUGAAGAAUGUUCGGAAAAGUAGGGGGAAUAUGGUUGCGACCUUUUCGUUUUUUAAACUAGCGCUAGCGACGUCUAGCAUUUUCUACAACAGGCAGUUCUGAAAAAGGGACGAUAAGUAUCCUUGUAGGUGAUGUGCCGGAUGGUGCCAUGUGAAUGACUGAGAACCACCAUGAAGUCGUCACACAAGCUGCUGUUCAUCCUGUGCCCCAUGCUGGUCCUGGGCUUCAUCUACUACUCCUCUGGGAAGCUACACCUGCACAUAUGGGGCCAGAAGCCACAGAUUGAUUCGGAGUCCACUCUCAUAGUCCCGACUAAAGGUCAAAGCACCACAGAGUUGGAAGCGGACGUUGCUCUCACCGUGGGACGAAUAGUAGGCUCAGUGUAUGAUAAGCAGGGCUUUCUGCUGAAGCUGGAUGGAAAGUUGCCAGCAGAAUUGGUGUACAAGUAUGGCAACCUCAGCGAAGGAGUGUGCAAGCCGGGCUACGCAGCUGCCAAGAUGACCGCCAUCUAUCCAAAGUUCAUGAAGCCAGCUCCCAUGUUUCUCGACCGGAACUUCAAGCGUCUGGCCAAAGUCAACAGUUACUUACCUCCAUUUGGAUUCAAAACACAAGAAAGAAUCAUAGACAUUAUUCUAACUGCCACAAAAAACUAUGGGCUGGGUCAAGACCUUGACAGUUUAAGUUGUAAAAGAUGCAUUAUCGUGGGCAACGGUGGUAUCCUGGCUAACAAGUCUCUGGGCUCCCGAAUAGAUGAUUACGACAUUGUGGUGAGGUUGAACGAGGCUCCAGUGACUGGUUUCGGCAAGGACGUGGGCACCAAGACCACCAUGCGCAUCACCUACCCCGAGGGGGCCAUCCAGAGGCCUGAGCGAUACGAGAAGGACUCGCUCUUCAUCUUCUCCGCCUUCAAACCGCUGGACUUCAAGUGGCUCAGACAGAUGGUCUUCAGAGAGAAGCUGCGUGGUACAGAGGGCUUCUGGAAGUCAGUGGCCUUUUACGUCCCCAGGGAGCCCACAGAGAUGCGCAUCCUCAACCCCUACUUCAUCCAGGAGGCUGCCUUCCAGUUCAUCGGCCUGCCACUCAACAACGGCCUCAUGGGGAAAGGGAACAUUCCAACCCUGGGGACUGUCGCCAUAACGAUGGCCCUGCAUAACUGUGACGAGGUGGCGGUGGCCGGCUUCGGCUACGACAUGAACACGCCCCACGCGCCCUUGCACUACUACGAGACGGUCAAGAUGUCCGCCAUCAAAGAGUCCUGGACACACAACAUAUCCAAGGAAAAGGAGUUCCUCCGCAAGCUGGUGAAGGCCAACGUCAUCACGGACCUGACCAACGGGAUUUGAGUCUAACUGUCCCAGAGGUUUGCCUUUUCCCAAAAGAACCACAGAACAGAGGAUUCUGGGAAUUAACCUGGAUGUGGGUGGGGGGGACCCUUAGAACCCAGACCCUGGUGGUCUGCAUACUGCCUAAGUUUUUAUAAAGAGGAGAGUUAAGCGGACUGCUCAGUGGAGUGAUCCACAUACGUGCCUUCUGACCCAGGCUCCUGUCUGACACAGCCAGGAGAGACAUAGGCCUGGAUCAGACGUCUUCAGGACAGUCAACGGACGAUCCGACGAUCCGCGUUUACCGUUUCAAUACCCCCGAGAAUCGCGUGAACGAACAAGUGAUAUGGAAGAGGAUGAUGACACGGAUGGCUGGAUGGAUGGAAGGCCUGACGGACAGAAGAGACAGAGGGACAGAUAGUUACAGCAGUGCCAAACGUACGUACCUCGUUACAAAGGGGGGAGGAGACGCCCUCUCCCUGUACUGCCUGAAUGUAUUCACUUUAACAGUGUAAAUAUCAAAGAUUAUUACUUUGCUUUUUAACAAGCUGCAGCGACCCCCAUCCCAUCCCCUGUUCUCUCAGUACUGCCUUCACCGGCGAGCCUCCCUCCGUCCAGGCAUCGGCGUACAGUACAUAUCUCGCCUCAGACCCACACAAGGCCUUUUUUUAAACCUUUCUCUCCCCCUUAUCGCUUCCAUAUCAGCAGGCCUUUUUUUAAACCUUUCUCUCCCCCUUAUCGCUUCCAUAUCAGCAGGCCUUUUUUGAGGCCACCCUGCAUUUUGCGAUUAUCAUUGCAGAUUUUAAUAUCCAGAAAGACAAGAGGCCUGGAUUAUUUUGUUGCAUUAUCAUUUCCUUCUUCCAGUUCGCCACGACGUGCUUCCUCAAUGACUCACUGAGGUGUCAUUGGUUGUUGAGUGGAUGUCACUCAAACCUGGGCUGAGACCCUAGUAUUUCCAAUAUGACUUUAAUAUAAACCCAAGUUGUCCAAUACUUCAGUCAGAUUGCAGUGAAUCAUCCACAGGAGUCAUAUUACAAUGUUAAACCAUACUUCAGUUUUUCAGUUUUAUCCUGUUUGGUUCAUGAUAUUAAGUAUUGCGCCGGUGCCUCAGUAUUACAACAGCACGCUAUGGUUACAGCUUCCCUUGCUGCUUCCCUCAACAUCAUCAACUACACUCAACUAUGUCAAAAAGUGUCUGAUUUUGUUUAUUUUUAAACUGUGCUAAUCAGCUUUAUAAGGUGAUGGUGAGUUUUUAGUUCUUUGUAUCUUUUUGGAUGACAUUUUGGCUGUUGCACAAAAAAAAAAAUAUUGUCUGUGUUUUUACUGCUUUCAUGGAGGUGCAUACUUACUGUACUCCUGUAUCCACUUCUCUUCCUGUCAUUCAGUAAGAUCAAUUAGGGUUGUGUUCAUUUGGCGAGAAAUAGAAGAGAACGUACUAAAACAUUGACUGCCUGGACUUCAAAUUCCAAACCUGAAUUUUUGUGGUGUUACGAAAUUGUUUUUUAAAAUGUUUUCCUUUGUGUGCUGUAAUGAACAUGACCAAGUGGUCAAGUAUCACAAGAUGAAGCCCUAACGGCCCAGUAUAACAGAGCGAGAGACCCACUGGUCUGGUAAUAGUGUUCCCGUUCACACCCAAGUGUUACAGAAUAAUUUGCCACUUGUCCAGUAUUUCAACAAAAACCCAAGUGGUCCAAUACUUCAGUGGGUCAGUAUUAUCAUAUUAGGCCCCACAUGUCCAUUAUUUCAGUCAGAAAAUCAUCCACAGGAGUUGUAUUACAAUGUUAAACCAUACUUCAAUAUUUCAGUUUUAUCCUGUUUGGGUCGUGUAAGUCGCUCUGGAUAAGAGCGUCUGCUAAAUGAUGUAAAUGUGAUAUUAAACCCAGACUGGUAUUACAGUGUGAAAGCUUACUGGUCCCAAGUUUCUCAGUGAAAGGCCCAUUUGGAUAGUUGUUACAGUUCAAGCGCUAACAGAUCAGUAUUACAAGAUGAGACACCACGCUAUGGUUACAGCCUCCCUUGCUGCUUCCCUCAACAUCAGCAACUACACUCAACUAUGUCAAAAAGGGUCUGAUUUUGUUUAUUUUUAAACUGUGAUAAUCAGCUUUAUAUGGUGAUGGUGAGUUUUUAGUUCUUUGUAUCUUUUUGGAUGACAUUUUGGCUGUUGCACAAAAAAAAUGUAUAUUGUCUGUGUUUUUACUGCUUUCAUGGAGGUGCAUACUUACUGUACUCCUGUAUCCACUUCUCUUCCUGUCAUUCAGUAAGAUCAAUUAGGGCUGUGUUCAUUUGGCGAGAAAUAGAAGAGAACGUACUAAAACGUUGACUGCCUGGACUUCAAAUUGCAAAUGUUUGUGUUUUAUUGCGAAAGGUUUUUAAUAGUUUUCCUUUGUGCUCUAAUGAACACGAACCAGUUUCGGAGAGGCAUCACUGCUCUCUCUUGCUGGGCUCCCUCAACAAAAUGUUCUCCCUUCUGUUCUCAAUGGGGAAAAAACUACAUGGAGGAAUCUUAACCUAGCCUACAAUAUUGGUGUUACAAUACCUAUCCAGGCCCUUCAAAUUAGUUAGGGGAAAUUAGGCUGCGUUUACUCAGGCAGCCCAAUUCUGAUAUUUUUUCCACUAAUUUGUCUUGUGAAAAGAUCUGAUUUGAUUGGUCAAAAGACCAAUUAGUGGAAAACUAUCUGAAUUUGGCUGCCUGUGUAAAUGCAGCCUUUGAUCCUUUCCUUCCAACCUAGAUGAUAAUCUUUCAGAAAUGGGACCCUGCAUAAGACUGUCACUGCUUGGGUACAAAGAACAGCUCACCAAUGCACUAACCACCUGGCGAGGCCCACUCAGGCUGCGUUUACACAGGCAGUCCAAUUCUGAUCUUUUGCCCAAUUAUUAGGAAAAGAGCUGAUCUGAUUGGUCAAAAGACCAAUUAGUGAAAAAAAGAUCAGAAUUGGACUGCCAGUGUAAAGGCAGCCUUACUGGCCCUCUCAUACAGGAGAGAGAGAGAGAGAGGUUAGACCAAGUGAGGUAUCCAGCGGGACAGGUGAUCUGCCCAGGGGUAGGUUUAUCUCUCAUCUUCUCUCAGCAGGGUUGGACUCGAUUCCAUAUCAAAUAUAGACAGAUUAAAUAGUCAGUCAUUUUAUAUCAUUAUUUUUUUUAUUAAUAAAAAUAAAUAAUGUGCAUCCUGGAUUGGACAGGAAUUAAAACAGAAUUGACCCCAACCUGGUCUCUAGGCAGAAUGCAAUUAUUACAACUGGAGACUGCAAUGACCUCAUACAGGAAACCUCACCAUAUCAUCCAACGAGAGAGGUCAAAAUCAGUCAUCACCUUGCCCUAACCUAAUCAAUCACUGGCAAGGUCGUUACAGAUCAAAUCACAAGUGUUAGUUUCUUUUUAUAUAUUAUAUAUAUCAAGACAUUGUCCUAUCUGCAACUUGUUAAUAAAUACGUUGACCGCUUGGUCGCUUUGUAAGGUGA